AUGGCUACCCCCAGUGUCCUUACUUUUGAUGCUGAGGGCCGUGUUGUUGACUUAGAGGUCUGGGUCGAUGACCUCCAGCUGUUUCUCCAGUGCGAUAGGGCAGACGGACUCUCUCUGUUCGAUCUCACCUCUGGUGCCUCUCCUGCCCCGCCUGCUACUGCUGACAGUACUGUUCGCUCACAGUGGGCCACACGCGAUGCUGCUGCUCGCCUUGCCAUGCGUCGCCACUUACCGACCACUGAGCGUGCACACUUUAGCCAGUACAAGAGUGCCCAGACCUUGUACGACGCUGUAGUUGCACGCUACUCUUCCCCUGCCACUGCUGCACUGAGCGGCCUCAUGCUACCGUACCUCUUCCCUGACCUUGCUGCCUUCCCCACAGUCGCUGACCUCAUUACGCACCUCCGCACUAGUGACACUUGCUACCGCGCUGCGCUUUCUGCUGAGUUCUGCGCCAAGAACCCCCCCACCAUGUACAUCACCCUCUACUACAUAGUCACCCGGCUCUCUGACUCUCUCCGUGUAGUCAGGGACCACUUCCUCUCAGUUUGCCCCACCACUCUCACCGUUGACCUCCUCGAGAAGAGCCUCCUAGCAGCAGAGAAGAGCAUAGUCGCUGUAGGAGCCUCUCGUGGUGACCCUCGCACCCCCGUCUUUGAGGGGUGUUCCCCCUCCCCCCUCUUGCCCUCUGUUGCCUCAGCUGCUGCGGCCGACCUCGUUGCAGUGGAGGCGGAGGAGGCGGCGGCGGUGGCGGAGGGAGCGGAGGCGGCGGAGGUGGUGGGGGCGGCGGAGGCGGCGGAGGUGGCGGAGGCGGCGGCGGCAGCAGUGGACCUGGUCGCAGCUCUGCGCAGAGGAGUGGCUCCAGUGGUGCGCGGUGGGGGUACGGGUCCCUGCACCUACGUUCUCCGCACCGGCGACCGCGCUGGUGAGCAGUGCGGGGGCCCGCACUCCACCCAGCGCUGCUUCGGCCGCCUGACGGACGCGUGGCGUCACCAGUUCCCUGAGGCCUCUGAGAUCCCUCGCUGGGGAGAGCUGUCUAGGGCGGGGGUUGCUAUGUUUGAUCUUGAUUUUGAUGCUAUUCUUGCUGCCAUGUAUGCUGUUGCUGAUAGUGUUGAGGGUGACUGUUACUUGUGUGUUCCGCCUGACCAGGGCAUUGACCCUGCUGCUCUAGGUGCUGGUGAGGCUGCUGCUCUAGGUGCUAGCGCGUCUGCUGCCCCAGGUGCUGGUGAGUCUGCCCUCUCAGGUACCACGUCCGCUCAGGCCUUACACACCUUCAUCCUUGACUCGGGUGCUUCCCGUUCCUUCUUUCGAGACCGCACCACACUUACGCCGCUUAGUCGGCCGGUUGCUGUCUCCCUGACGGACCCCUCUGGGGGUCCUGUCCUUGCUUGCUAA